UCCCUUAAUGAGAUUGAAGCCUUCUUUUAAAGCAGCUAUGUAGGAAUAGCAGCAUAGCUGCUUUGUGAUUCGGGCUGUGACGUAAUAAGAGAGCGUAGUUACCCAAAGGUGUUUAGUGUAGCCCAGCAAGUAUUUAUUGAAACAUGUGCCCAGUCAGCUGAGUUGGAUUUUGAAGCAGCUAUGAAGUACCCCCUGGUCCCUUUAAUCAAUGACUUAACAUUUCCUGUCCUUUUCUUUUGGUUUUGCUUGCCUUUUGGGAUAUUACUGAUCCUGUUGAUUUUCUGGUUUCAGCGUCUUCUAAAUGAAGAUCCAGGACUUAUCGUUAAAAAGAUAGAGAUGCCACCAUCUGAUAAUACUGAUGGAAACACUGACUUCCAAACUGAAAGUGAACCCAAAGGAAAUAACAGCCAAAGCAACACUCAGAAAAGAGCCUCAAAAAGUGGCCUGAGGAUGACGCCACCUGUGAAAACAAUAGGAUCCAAACCUGCCUAUCUGAGUUCCAAAGAAGGAGUCCAGGAGAAAGGUCUAGCUGCUAUAAUUUCAGAAAAACUGGACCAGUCUAUAAAACAGUACUGCUCUGAGAAAAACUCCUUGUAUAACACAUCAAUGCUGCUGUGUGUUCUGCUGAUCUCUCUCCUCUUCAGCCUUCUCUGCCAGUUGCUUGAGAUCUCCAAGGUUCUGCGAAUACAGCUCCUGCCUACGUCUCUGUUUAUCCGCAUCUAUCGAAUCUUUGCCUGGGUGGGUGAAAAGCCUGUGAACAUCAUGACAUCCCUGAAGCAAGGAAUAUUUGCUCUGUUACCUUCCAUCCUGCGUAAAAAAGAGAAAAAGGACUUCUGGGACGAAUAAUAUGUGUGAGGAAAAUUAAAAUGCACCAAACAAAGGAAAAGUAAUGCAUUAUCGCAACAAUCACUUACUUGUCAGGGGAUUACUGCAGUGUGUUUCAUUGCCAUUAUUUCAGGUUGGCAGGUUUAGGCAGUGGCAGGUUGCAUAUAAUAUUUCAGAUUUGUCCAUGUCACAAGGAAGUGGUGGAAACAAAAUCUUAAAAUUGCAAUCUUAUUCUUUGUUCCAGGUAAAUGUAUCAAAACAUACUGUUCUAUUACAUACAUGGACAAGCUGUAAACUUUCAGGUAUUGUUGGACUGUACCUCCCAGCAUUCCUCAUCAUAGACAAUGUUAGCUCAGGUUGCUGGAACUUUUUCAGUCAAACUUCUUUACCUACCUCUUUUCUGUGAAAACAAAGAGGCUUUAUAGUCAUGCAGCCUAACAAUUACCUUUACUACUUUGAGUAAAGAGUAUUCUUAAUUAACACAUACCUUACAACAAUUAAGACAGUAAGUUUCUACUAUUAAUAUAAUGUUAGCUUUUUCAAAGUGCAUUAGUGAAGAAAGGCUAUCACAUUGAAUAUUCUGUCUUUUAGAUCAAUGUGUCUCCAGUCUUUAAAUCCAAGAGUACUUAUAGCAGCUUCCUCUUCCGCCUAUUUCCAAUAAAGAGCUUAUGGCAAAGCAGUAUUAUGUCUGUAUUGACAUUAAUGUUGUUAGUUUUAACCACAAAUAGCAAAUAUAGGUUGAGCACUCAUUGAAUUCCAAAAUCCUCCACAUGGAUGGGUAAGACAGUGACAUCUUUGUUUUAUCCUUAAUGUACUCAAGUGU